AUGCCAGCAACCAGGGAGGGCCUCGCUCUGGUCUCUGCCCCAGAGAGAGUGCAUGUUGCUGGGUGGAGGUUGGUGGAUCUGUGGGGACCGGAGCCAGGACCAGGGACGGACUUUGGCCUUGGGUCUGGACUCUGUGGAGACCGUGGGGAGAGAGGGGGACCGGCCUGUGCUCGGCUUCUCCCAGAGUCUGUGGUGACCAUCUGCCCACUCGGCACGGGCGCCACCUCCCGCUGCAGCCGCGGACGGGAAGGAUUAACGGGUCUUGGAAGGAGGUUUGGAAAAGUGAGAGAGUGGAGCGCGUGUUGUGGCGGUCUGAGGACGCGCCGCGGGGCCGCUGAGAGCGCUCAGUCGUGCGCGUGCACAGGAAGCACCCUGCGGCCCCCGUGGCCCCCGCAGAAACCGCAGACACCGCACAGACACCGCGCAUGUGUGAAGAGGGCGGAUUAG